UCCCAGCGCGGCUGUGAGGACACACCUUCGCCUGAUGCUCCCCCAGCAGCCCCCGGUGCAGUGCAGCCCUGUGGUCGGUGCCCCAGCAUCUCCGCCCUGACCGGCGCAUCUCGCCAGAUAUUGGGGCUGAUUCACGCUGGUACAUGUGGAAUGAUUAUGCUGUAACAGUCAUCAGCAUCUCAAAAGGACCUCGGUUCUGCCAGAGCUCAGCAGCGGGGGAGAGAAGUCAACAUUUGAAUAAGCCCCCGACUUCCCUUUCAAGAGAUGAUAACUCCAAGCAGAGAGGUCUCUCAGGGGAGAGCUGGCUUUCUCAGGAGACAUCUGGCACCUCCUGCUUCUCUUCAGGCCUGAGCUGCCAACCUUUCUCCAGGUAGAGAGAUGCCUGGGCAUUGGAAGCUCUCUGCAGCAUGCUGAGGAGACGUAACCUUCUUACCACGCUCCUGAUUGCCUUGCCAUGGGCUCUCCUCCUAACCUUGUGGCACCAGUACCCAACCACCCAUUACCUCAGCCUGCUGAGAAAAGAGACAGAUGAGAAUGUGACCUCUAAAGCUCUCCUCAAUGGUACCUCUGCACUGAGAGACGAAGGCUUCCCAUCAUGCACUCGGCAGCAGCAAAGCCUAGGGGCAACACCUAAAGUCAUCCACAAUUAUGUGUACUCCAGGCCUCCUCCAUGGUCAGACAGCCUGCCAACCAUCUUCGUUAUCACCCCUACCUACACCCGGCCCGUGCAAAAAGCUGAGCUGACUCGUCUGGCCAACACCUUCCUACAUGUACAGAACCUGCACUGGGUGGUGGUGGAGGACUCUCCCCGGAGGACCAACCUGGUAUCCAACCUGCUGGAGAAGGCAGGCCUCAAUUUCACCCAUCUCAAUGUGGAGACACCCAAGAGUCUGAAACUAGGACUGUCCUGGAUCCCAUCCCACACCCCAAGGGGGACACUGCAGAGGAACCUGGGGCUGCACUGGCUGAGGGACAGCUUCAGCAACACUGCACCACCAGAAGGGGUAGUGUAUUUUGCUGAUGAUGAUAACACCUACAGCCUGGAGCUCUUUGAAGAGAUGCGCUACACCAGGAGGGUGUCCGUCUGGCCUGUGGCUUUCGUUGGGGGGCUGCGCUACGAGUCCCCGAAGGUGAGCCCGGCAGGGAAGGUGGUGGGCUGGAAAACCGUCUUCGACCCCAACCGGCCCUUCGCGAUUGACAUGGCUGGCUUUGCCAUCAGCAUCAAGCUGAUUUUGGAGAAGCCUCAGGCCAGUUUCAAGCUGGAGGGAGUGAAAGGAGGCUACCAGGAAACCAGUCUGCUGAAGGAUCUAGUGACUAUGGAUGGGCUGGAGCCCAAAGCAGCCAACUGCACCAAGGUGUUGGUCUGGCACACAAGAACUGAGAGGCCCACUCUGGUUAAUGAAGGCAAGCGUGGAUUUACAGACCCCAGAGUAGAGGUGUAAGCAGAGAGCCUGCUCCAGGGUAGGCAGCAAGCAGUGAUCCUGAACUUUGUCAGCAACAACAGCAGCUGUGUGCCCCUGCCUGCUCUGUCUAAUCCUCUGCCCUACUGAUGAAGGAUGAUAACCACCCCCAAAAACGUCUCCAUGUCAGCGAGCUCCCACUGCACAAAAGGUGGUAACAACCAGGGACAGAGCUGAAGUGGUGCCCUGCAAUCCUAUAGCUCUUCACCUUUAACUUGAUGCAAAAUCUCUUGUUGCCCACCUGGGAGAGCAGUGCUUCUCCUCCCCUGCAGGUUCUGUGUUUUUAACCAUUCCUUAACGUUUAUUCCAUGUGAUCUCCACUCUCAGCUGUGCCAGUAUAGAGGCUGAAAUCCAGGAUGGGUGCAGGUGCCUCUGAAGGUUUCUCCAGGCAUAUCAUAAAACCUGAACUUCAGUACAGCAGCUGUGGAGCUGCAGUGGUUCAAGGACAUGAGCUGUUGCACAAACACAAACGUGGACCUGUUACCCUGAGGCUGGUAUGUUCUCAAAACCACCUUAAAACAAAGCUAGUCUGAAAGAGGCUUUUCCUCUGAAGGAUGCACCCAGCUAACUCCAUGGAUCAGCCUUCAGUAUUGGAGAGGAGGCUGAGCUGAAGCACCUCAUUUGGGGUUUGUGAGUUCAGAAGGGAUCUGGAGCCUGUGCCUUUGCUGACAACUUGAACUGCCCUCGCUUGACAUUGUUUUGGAAAAUGCCAUCCCAGAUUCCCAGAGCCAUCUGGAUAAAUAUCCUCUCCCUCUCAGGGAGACCCAGGAGGUACUGCAGCUCAGAGGCCAUGCCUCCAUGUCUCACUGGAGAGACCAGAAAGGAGGGGCAAAGAUGGGUAGACUGACAAGUGUUGUUUCUAGCCUGGAACCCUGCUGCAGCACCAUCAGGAACUUCAGUAGCCUCAGAUCACAGAUUUGCUUCCUAGACCUUCAGAAGGGAAAACACCUCUCUGAGCUGGGGGUGGGUGAGAAGUGCUCAGAGAAAAGGAACUCUCAGCCUGCACUCCUCUCCUGUGAGGAGGAAUCUGGAGAGACAUCAUUGAGAAACAUUGUUUUGAGCAUGUAGAUGAUAAGUGAAAUAGCAAAUGUGACAUGGGUUUCCAGUAGAGCGCUGAAAGC